UCCAGUGAUAGAAAAACAGACAGGUUUGCCUUCAAGUAUACUUUGGUGCCUCCGUUUGAGAGAGAAGGAACUAGAUUGGAGUUCUGUCUCUGUUAUGAAUCAUCAGCGGGUACAUUCUGGGCUAACAACAAAGGACUUAACUACGUGAUGUUCUGCCACCAAAAGGGACAGAUAAAGGAGCACGGGCCUCAAAUGCAAGAGGAGAGCUACAAGAGCAAGAGGAGCUGUCUCAAAGCUAACAGGAAUGGAAGCACAGUGGAGAAGACCCGGGAUAAUGCUAACACAGCAACAGUUGCUACAGAAUUAGAAGCAACACAGAGAGCAGAAAAGGUCCACAGGCAGACACUGGACAGCAAAGAUGUCCAGUUAUUACUUCACAGUGAUGAGCACAGAACUUUGGUGGAGAGCGUAAAACGCAGACGCAAAGCAGCACGUCUGGCACGUGUGCAGGACUACCUCUCCCAAAGAACGCAUCAAGAAUCCAAGGAUCUUGCAUGUGACUCAGCCAGUGGCCAGAAAGACUCUCAGUCUAUGCCGGCUCCCUGGGGUGACUCUGCCAGCUUGCUCUAUAAAUACCAAAAGGCGCAACCGAACGAGUGCCCACAAGUCCUCACCUACCAUCAGAUUCCUCUCCUUACACUGGACUGGAGCAAUGACAAACCCCAGCAGUGGGAGACGGCUGACGCGGAUGACAUCUGGAGCGGAAGAGCUAAAACGAUCUUGUCAAAAGAAGAAAACGCACCUUCUGCUGAUGACAUGUGGGGGACCUUUCUUCCCGGUACAGAUGAUACCGACAAUAAAAAAGCCUCUGUGUGCGAUGCGUGGCAGGCCUUUCUUAAUGGGCCCGACCAUUCCAACGUUCCAGAGUCAGAAUGGCUGCAGACAGCAGCAUCAGUGUCUCCUUCAAACGACAAAGGGCUCCAACCCCAAUAUUCAGCAUUUCGAGAAUUUCAACUGGGUGCAGAUAUUCCUGCCGCUGCACAGGCACACUGCUUAGAUGCACGUCAGCCUCUGUCAGACACAUGGGGAGGACUGUUGGCUAAUGUUGCCUUGAAUACCGAAGACCACCAGCCAGCAGAGGCAUGUGUCACCAGCCCAAGAGAUGACAACGCAGCAACACAAGACGCAUCCCAAAGGUCAGAGACGAGCUCUGUAACAGACACUCCACAGAAAUUCUGCCUCGAGGGGGCACCGCGGUCCGAGGACUCUAUUGACAGUUCAACCGAGUGUCACAAGCAUGUGGUCCGGGAGCGAGAAAGGGAAGGAAUAAUAGGAGGAGCGAAAGAAGUAGAAGAGGAGCCCAUCACAUCACACAUGGCUGACUUAAUAACAAGCUCAGGGGAGUCAGAGACAACAGACAUGACAGCAAUGCCAGGGUUUCAGAAUGCCAGUGCUGUUGAUAGUAUCUCACAGGGAGCAAGGCUGGAUGAGGGUCUUUCUUCCACCGGGGAAGGAGAGGUUACAGGUACUGCACACAAUGCCGUAGAUGGCACGCUGGCAUUUAGGGAGACAAUCAGACAAAGGACAAAGGAUGGGGCGAGGUAUGUUUCUUCCAUAUCCAGAAAAGGAGUGGAGGAGGAAGAUAUCAUGAUGAACUAUACGGAAAAUAAAGCAUCUACAGAGGAGGAGAUAUUUACGCAACACAGAACAGAAGAGAGUGAAACCUCCCCAAGGUACGCAGAUGAAAUGCAGUGUGAGCAAUUUGGGCCAAACAGAAAUGGCGGAAAUCAGCAGGAGAGUGAUAGAAAUGAAACAGGACCUCAACAUUUACACACUGGUAGAUUUGAUUCAAAGCAGGAAAACAAAAUCGUGGCAGCCGAAUUGAAUGAAGGCGUUCCAUUGAACACCAAAGGCGUGACAGCACUAAGUACAGAAGAGGAAAGGUUCCAGGCGUUAGAUGAUCAAGCAUGGCAACAUAAUGAUACAGCUUUAGAUGUGAGUGCAUCAAUAAUUUUGGAUGUGCACGACAAACAGUCACAGUCAGUCCAAAGAGGCAAGGAGCCAAAAGUCGAGAUGAAGCAGGAAUCACAAAUGGAACAAAGUGGACUGAAAUUGAAAGAAGGUGAGCACGGAUUAAACUUCAACAAGACAGAGGUGGGAAAAAGCUUUAGUUGCAACGGAAUAAUAGCAAAUCCAUCAGAACAGACGAGACCUACAGAGAAAUCAAAUGAAGUCAACCAGGCUUUCCAAAGUGGCUGCAAUACAUUCAGACCUCCAGCAAAUAAAUGCAACCCAAAGGGACUGGAAGUGGUUGAAGUGGGAUGGACCGACUCACAGGAAGACACGGAGGGUCAAAAUGAGAACAUAUGUGGUGAAAUGAGCCAAGAGGAAAUCGAAGUAAAGGAGAAUGCUGCGAAGAAAGACACUUCAGCGGAACACCAAUCUGAGACGUUACAAAGACUAGAAGGAGAUACGAGUCAGGAAGACAGAGAUGAGAUGAUGAGCAUUCGGGAGCUGAAAAUGGAAGCAGGAAGGGAGUUGAUGGGUAAUGUGGAGGGCCCUCAGGGGGAGAGGAAGAAUGCACCGGCAGAAUUGAAAGAAGAAGAAGAGUUGUCAGCAGAAGUUGAGAGCUCUCUGCGUGUUGAAUAUAAAAACCUGUCAGAUGGAACAAAAGAACCUAUUAUGGGAGAAAAUACUGCAUCACUUGAGGUGAUAGAGGUGGGAUUGGAGGAGAUCUUCAUAGAAAGAUUUGUAGAAGAUUUGGUCAGGGGGAUUUGGGAAGAGGUCUUUGGCAGAGAAGUGCGGGCAUCAAAUAGACACACUGAUAUUGUUGAUGGAAUGGGGUGCAUGCUGAGAGAUACUACGCAAGGCUGCCAUGUUCUUUUUGAAAAAGACCUCAAUGACACUUUUGAUUCAGGGGUAUUUUCCUUGACGGAAUUACCAACAGAUCCAAACUCAAGUUUCUGUCAAGGGCCGGAGCAAGCCGUACCCACUAAAGGCCAUGAACGCUCUGUGCUAGAAGGAAGUAAGUUACUUGACACAGCAGAACAAACUCACGUUGUCUCUGAAUCACAUACAGAUUUGAUUUUGAGUGCUAAUCCCAGUCACAAUCUCACCACCACCUUAGAUGCGCAUAGUCGGCAAUCAUUGCCUGAAACAACUCCAGCUCUGGGAGAAGCUCCGAUGGAUCUGGAAAGCCACACUCGAAUAAAAGAAAGAUCGGCUGCUCGUUGUGAGACAGGCAGACAAAUAGAAGGCUGUGUAGUUGCCCACGGAGAGAUUUUUAAUAAAUCAGCCUACCCAUCUCACAAACAUCCAUCAUCUUCCUCAGAGAAAUUAAAAGAGGCUGAUGGUUUUGUAUGGUGCAGUAUAUUAUAUAUCCUAAGUCACGUCACCAGACUUCUAAUCUACGCCCUCUUAAUUAGUGGAUUCUUUGUCAUUGUUUUCCUCUAUGAUUUCCCAGCGGUCUUUGCUCUCUACAUAUUUUCAUUAUCAUGGUGGUUUUAUAAGUGGAAGAGACAGCACGUGAUGACAGACAAGGAGAUGGUGGGAUAGGCUAAGGUUUAAGAAAAAGCAAGGGUGGUGAAGAGUGCUACAUCAGCACACUACUGUAAACUGUAAUGUCCACUACCAUGCACAAUGCUAUUAGUGUGUGUGAGUGUGUGUGCGUGUUUGUACAUUUGGCUGAUUUUCCCAUCUAUUACGCUACUUAAUAGACUGAUUCCAAAACUUUUUGGGGUUGACGAACCAUUAAACCUGAACAAAAUAUACUACGUACCUGUCUUUGGACUUGCGUGCAUUUUUUGGUUAAUUUAAAUACAGUCUAGUGGUAAAAAAAAUGGUUUAAGUUAUAAUAAGACUCACUAAACAAACAGAAUUUGGUGCAGAAAUGUUUUUGUUGUUGCAUGUUUUGUAACCCUAUAAAUCUGUCUUGCAACUCCAAGCGGUCGAUCUAAUUUGAGUUCCCAUUAGGGCGUCAUUCUGUGGUUAAAAAAGACAGAAUAAAGGAAUACAAUAAACUUCAAACUGAACUGAACAUUGUUAAAAUCAUAUGAAUUUUCACCUUUUGUUGAAUGUUUUAGUCAACAGAAAUGUUUACGUGUAUGACGUGUGUAUGUUU